AUGUCUUUCACGAUAACAUUACGCCAGGGCCCAGCCCGCCUGGCAGCCCGCCUCCCUCAACUCUCGCAAACGGUGGCAAAGACCUCCUCUCCCAGCUCCUCCAUCGCCACCCGCGCAUUCCACCGCUCCAGCCGACAACAAAAUGCCUUCUUCACGAGCAAGAACUCCCUGCUGACCUCGUCACUCGCGCGGUCCGCACCAAAUGCCUCCCUCACGGCCCGCCUCGUCUCCGCCGGCAGCAAGCGCGGCUACCAGAGCCAAGCGGCCCCAGUAGACAACGCCUCGGCCAUGCGGAAAUUGCUUGUCGGCGGUGCCAUCUUCGGCGGCACCCUCGUUGCCAUCAACGCCGUCUUCAACCGGGAGACACGCGAGGACGGCGGCAUGCCUGCCUUUGAGCGCUCGUACCUCAACAACACCUUCAUGCACACGGGCCUGGGCGUCGGCAUUAUCGGGCUCACGGCGCGGCAGAUGGUGCAGAGCGGGUUCGUCUACAGGCUGAUGGUGACGAACCCCUGGGUUGUUGCGAUAGGUGGCCUGGCGCUGAGCUUCGGCACCAUGAUUGGAACCAGGGCCAUCGAGCCUGACAACUACAUCCCCAAGUACGCACUCUGGACCGCCUUCAACGCCACCCAAGCCGCCUUCGUCGCUCCUCUCAUCGCCUUCGCCCCCGGCGCCCUCCUCGCCCGCGCGGGCCUGUACACCGUUGCCAUGAUGGGCUCCAUCUCCUUCGUCGGCGCGACCGCGAAGCAGGAGAAGUACCUCUACAUCGGCGGCCCCCUCCUCGCAGGCGCCGGUAUCGUCAUGGCCUCUGGCCUCGCGCCCCUGAUCAUCCCCGCGACCGCCGUCCGAACUCUGGCCUUUACCGAGAACAUCUGGCUGUACGGAGGACUGGCUGUGUUUGGUGGCUUCACGCUCUAUGAUGUGCAGAAGGUCCUCCACCACGCACGCCUUGCCGAGCGGGGCGUGAUUAAGCGGGACCCAGUCAACGAGAGCAUCUCGCUGGAGCUGGACUUCCUGAACAUCUUCAUCCGGAUGGUCCAGAUCCUGAUGAUGCAGCAGAACAGGAGGAAGUAA